GUGGGCGCUGGAAUAUCCGGCAAUUCCUUCAACGAAUAAACUAAAAUUCGCUGAUUAUCUUAUUUACAUUCUCGGCUGCAGUGUGAACUCAUUCUCUCCGUUCGAGAUACAUUUCUGUGGAACAAAGCUGGCUACAGUUUUGGUAAAACGUUGAACGGGCAACUUGCAACGUGCACGAGAAAUAAUAAUAUUAAUUUCAUUCAAAGUAUUUGUCCAGUGAUUGGCGGCAGUGCUAUUGGUAGCGUCGUGUGAAAAGUAGCUGCACAGAGCGGAUGUUUGCAUCAUUUUAGGGAGUUUUAAUUUGAUUAUCCUUCCCACGAAGCCCAAAAAGUGUUUGCUCCCCUAUCGCGGCUCGCUGUUCGUUCCGCGCACAACGUUGAUUGAAGUGCUGGGAAGCGAACGAACGGGCGUACCAGCAGGGACUUGCUCCCCUCGACCCUAACCGGGCCAAUAUACACACACACAAUCAUAUACACAUACACACACACACACACACGCAGUGUAGCAUCACGAGUUUGCCGGCAGACAGACGGAGCAGCAGGCAGUGGAGAUCAUGCGCUCAUAGUUUUGUCAUACGUGUACUAAUCGAAUUUGUGCGACCAUUGAAGUGAGGUGCUGCAUUUGACUGGGUGGUAAAUUGUUAGUACAGCUCGCGGCUCGCGGACAGUAAGGGACAAGUGCUGGGCCAGGGAAGUAGAGCAUGAUGAAAUUAAACAGACCCCGGUGGUCGCCGCUGCUGUGGCGGAUUGCUUUGCUGAGCACCGUGCUAUUAUUUCAUAACCCCGUGGUACAUGGAAAUGACGAAAUUUCCUCCGAGUCUCAGCCGGCUGGGGAUGCUGAGCAGUACGAAACACCAACGGUAGACCCGAAGCGUAUGUAUUUUGCUGAACAUUUCGAUGAUCUGUUCGAUGGUGCGAGCGAUGCCAUCGAGAAGCGGUGGGUGAAAUCAAAGGCCAAGAAAGACGACGCUGCCGAAGAGGUGGCCAAAUACGACGGUGAAUGGGCGGUCGAGCAGCCGCAGCGACCGAUUCUAGCGAACGACUAUGGGUUGGUGCUGAAAUCGAAAGCGAAGCAUGCUGCGAUUGCUUCGCCUUUGCUGCUCAACCGACCAUUCGUGUUCGAGGACAAGCCGCUCGUGGUACAGUACGAGGUCAACUUGCAGGAGGGCCAGGAAUGCGGUGGCUCCUACAUAAAGCUCCUUUCCGUCGGCGACGGUACGAAGGAUCUGAAGCAGUUCCACGACAAAACACCGUACACGAUUAUGUUCGGACCGGACAAGUGUGGCAACGACGUAAAGUUGCAUUUCAUUUUCCGACACGUUAACCCGAUUAAUGGUACUAUCACGGAGAAGCAUUGCAACAAACAGAAAGAUCGGCUUGAUGAUCCGUUCAAAGACAAACGCCCCCAUUUGUACCAAUUGAUUAUUCGCCCGGAUAACACGUACACCAUACGAGUGGAUCACAAAACCGUCAACGAGGGCUCGUUGCUCACCAACUUUACGCCGGCAGUGAACCCGCCUGCCGAGAUCGAUGACCCGGAGGACCGCAAGCCGGAGAACUGGGACGAUCGCGAAAAAAUCCCCGAUCCCGAAGCGACCAAACCCGACGACUGGAACGAGGACGAACCGGCACAAAUUCCCGACCCGAAGGCUACCAAGCCGGCCGGCUGGUUGGACGAUGUGGAGGAGAUGGUACCGGACAGUUCGGCCGUGAAGCCGGAGGACUGGGACAACGAUAUGGAUGGUGAGUGGGAACCGCCCCUGAUUCCGAACCCGAUGUGUGAGAAGGCGGUUGGUUGCGGUUUGUGGAAGGCUCCGAUGGUACCGAACCCUAACUACAAGGGCAAAUGGCGCCCGCCGCUAAUCGCUAACGUAAACUACCAAGGAAAGUGGGCCCCGCGCAAGAUUUCUAAUCCGGACUUCUUUGAAGAUCUAACGCCGUUCCGAAUGACACCGAUUGCCGCGGUAGGCAUCGAACUUUGGUCCAUGUCAAACGAUAUACUGUUUGAUAACAUUGUUAUUUGCGAUGAUGAAUCCGUUGCCGACGAAUGGGCUGCACAAACGUUCGAUCUCAAAGUGAAGACGCUUGAUCGGCAGGCGCAAACCCUAUGGGACCGAGCGAUGCGGUACAUUAACUACAAGCCAGGCUAUUGGGGAGCAUACUUUGUGUACUGCUCAAUACCAUUGAUUGCCUACGUAUGGUUCCUGUGGUCUCGACGCGAUAAAGAGGGUGACGCCAAGGCGGAAAUUGGACGCAAGAAGAAGAAUGACGAUUAUCCAGCACCGGAGCACGAGCAGGACGAGCUGGUCGGUGGUGCCGGAGAGGAGGCGGAAGACGAUGGACGAUCGAGUAAAACAAAGCUGAAUGCCGCAGCCACGGGGUCCUCCGGUUCACGGUCAGCCAGCAGUGCCGGCGAAGCUUACGCAGAGAAUGAGGAUGAACGUGACGGCGAUGAGGCUGAAGAGGACGAGGAAGACGACGAAGCACAGGAAGAGGCUCAGGAAAUGGAGGCCGGUGAAGAGGAAGCAUCGUCAAGCGAUGCACCAGUAGAUAGCAAGAAUUCGGAAGGCGGAGAAGGCCUAAAGAAGAGAAGAGCCCGCAAGGAUUAGAAGCUAAGCGGAGAGGUAGAAUGGUAGAACAAUAACCUAUAAGCCGUUAGAUGUGGUUGCGUUUGCAUGGUACAGUAUCGAUUGGUAAAGGACACCUAGAGAGGUCCCGUAACGUAAUGUUUUCUUCUAUCUCAGCGUGUAUGUGCCCGUAGACAUGCAAUAAUCAUUUCCAAGCUUUUAAUUUAUCUUGACAGUCGGGUUCUUUUUUUUGUUAGCUCAUCUCACAUAGUUCUUAAUAGCUUUCGAUCUGGUCUAAAAUUAGCCCCUGCUGGGUCAAAUCGUCGUGUGUGAGCAUAGGGCACGCGUGUAUUCUUACGCAACGUGUGAACGGCUCUCCCACGGGACCGGCCCCAUAUUUAUUCCCAAUAGACCCCUGCUGGGUGUGCAAGUUAACAAACAAGUUAAGGUCAGGCUAGCUUUUCCAACGCCGAAUUACUGCUUAGAAUAAUGCAUUUCUUCACGGUAUAUACAACGUUACGUUUGUACUUCUGUUAGCCGAAAUUAAACCAGACGAAACAAAAAAAAAAACAAGCGGGGAACAGUAAAUAGAGCGUAACGGUUAAGCAAUUUGGAUACGUUUUUUUGCAUAUAUACUUAGCACCAAAGGAAAUUGGCUCUAGUUUAAGUGAACGAUUCUAAACUAACAUACGGAAGGGAGGGUGGGUAUGUAAGUGCAUUUGCAGCUGCUGAAAUAUCCAUUAAAUCAUUGUUUCAUCCAUUGAUUAUGUUUGUAUGUGUGGCAUUUAGAGAUUUCCUUUGUCUUUCAAUUUGUUUCGGAGUAAAUUAGAACUACACGUUAAAGUAAGAGGAAAAAUGUUGUUUUCGUUUUGAUAUUCAUACAUCUACCUGACCGGUUCUUGCGUUCAGCGAUGAUGUUCAACUAUAUUCCAUAUUAUAGGUAGCAUUUUUGUGUGUGGGUUUUAGGUGUGAAAAAAUCAUUUAAAAAAAACCUGUAAUGCAGCAAGUUUUUGAUUGUACUCAACCUCAGUCUAGGGUUAGAUCGAUUGAACACUAACGCGCACUGUGUGAAUGCUCGAUAAAAACUCGAUGAACACGAGUGCCCCGGUUAAAUACAAAUAAAUCGUAACGUAAUUGACCAUCGACAGGA